CUGAAGGCCACGCCGCUGCGGGCUGCCUCCACAAUAAGACCGUCUCGGCGGGCCACGAGAUCCUGGCCACGGACGCGGUGGCCGCGCCUCUGCUCGCACGUUUCCCCGGCCUCUGGACUCCCUCCCUCCCUCAAUCCCUCCCUCCGGCUGGCGUCGCUGGCGGGUGGCUAGGCCCAAAGGCAGGAAGCCGACGCUAUCCUCCGUUCUGCGGCGCCGGGUCCGCCUUCCGUCUGUUCUAGCGCCUGCUCCUGCGCGGCAGCUGCUUUAGGAGGUCUCGAGCCUGCUGUACCUUCCCAGGGAUGAACCGAGCCUUCCCUCUGGAAGGCGAGGGUUCGGGCCACAGUGAGCGAGGGCCUGGGCGGUGGGCGCGCGCGGAGGGAAACCGGAUCAGUUGAGAGAGAAUUAGAGUAGCGGAUGAGGCGCUUGUGGGGCGCGGCCCGGAAGCCCUCGGGCGCGGGCUGGGAGAAGGAGUGGGCGGAGGCGCCGCAGGAGGCUCGCGGGGCCUGGUUGGACCGGCUGGGCCCCGGGCGCAGUGGAAGGAAGAGACGGGCGGUGCCCGGUUGGGCGUCCUGGCCAGCUCACCUUGCCCUGGCGGCUCGCCCCGCCCGGCACUUGGGAGGAGCAGGGCAGGGCCCGCGGCCUUUGGAUUCCAGGACCGCCCCCUUCCACUCCCGGGCCAGCGGCGAGCGGCAGCGACGGCUGGAGCCGCAGCUGCAGCAUGAGAGCCGGUGCCGCUCCUCCACGCCUGCGGACGCGUGGCGAGCGGAGGCAGCUCUGCUUGUUCGCGCCAUGGGGGCGCCGUGGGGCUCGCCGACGGCGGCGGCGGCGGGCGGGCGGCGCGGGUGGCGCCGAGGCCGGGGGCUGCCAUGGACCGUCUGGGUGCUGGCGGCCGCCGGCUUGACGUGUACGGCGCUGAUCACCUAUGCUUGCUGGGGGCAGCUGCCGCCGCUGCCCUGGGCGUCGCCAACCCCGCCGCGACCGGUGGGCGUGCUGCUGUGGUGGGAGCCCUUCGGGGGGCGCGGUAGCGCCCCGAGGCCGCCCCCCGACUGCCGGCUGCGCUUCAACAUCAGCGGCUGCCGCCUGCUCACCGACCGCGCGUCCUACGGAGAGGCUCAGGCAGUGCUUUUCCACCACCGCGACCUCGUGAAGGGACCCCCCGACUGGCCCCCGCCCUGGGGGGUCCAGGCGCGCACUGCUGAGGAGGUGGAGCUGCGCGUGUUGGACUACGAGGAGGCAGCGGCGGCGGCAGAAGCCCUGGCGACCUCCAGCCCCAGGCCCCCGGGCCAGCGCUGGGUUUGGAUGAACUUCGAGUCGCCCUCGCACUCCCCGGGGCUGCGAAGCCUGGCAAGUAACCUCUUCAACUGGACGCUCUCCUACCGGGCGGACUCGGACGUCUUUGUGCCUUAUGGCUACCUCUACCCCAGAAGCCACCCCGGCGACCCGCCGUCAGGCCUGGCUCCGCCACUGUCCAGGAAACAGGGGCUGGUGGCAUGGGUGGUAAGCCACUGGAACGAGCGCCAGGCCCGGGUCCGCUACUACUACCAGCUGAGCCAACAUGUGACCGUGGACGUGUUCGGCCGGGGCGGGCCCGGGCAGCCGGUGCCCGAAAUUGGGCUCCUGCACACAGUGGCCCGCUACAAGUUCUACCUGGCUUUCGAGAACUCGCAGCACCUGGAUUAUAUCACCGAGAAGCUUUGGCGUAACGCGUUGCUCGCUGGGGCGGUGCCGGUGGUGCUGGGCCCAGACCGUGCCAACUACGAGCGCUUCGUGCCCCGCGGCGCCUUCAUCCACGUGGACGACUUCCCAAGUGCCUCCUCCCUGGCCUCGUACCUGCUUUUCCUCGACCGCAACCCCGCAGUCUAUCGCCGCUACUUCCACUGGCGCCGGAGCUACGCUGUCCACAUCACCUCCUUCUGGGACGAGCCUUGGUGCCGGGUGUGCCAGGCUGUACAGAGGGCUGGGGACCGGCCCAAGAGCAUACGGAACUUGGCCAGCUGGUUUGAGCGGUGAAGCCGCCCUCCCCUGGAAGCGAACCAGGGGAGGCCAGGUUGUCAGCUUUUUGAUCCUCUACUGUGCAUCUCCUUGACUGCCGAAUCAAGGGAGUAAGUUCUUCAAACACCCAUUUUUCUAUGGGAAAAAAACGAUUUACCAAUUAAUAUUACUCAGCACAGAGAUGGGGGCCCGGUUUCCAUAUUUUUUGCACAGCUAGCAAUUGGGCUCCCUUUGCUGUUGAUGGGCAUCAUUGUUUAGGGGUGAAGGAGGGAGCUCUUCCUCACCUUGUAACCAGUGCAGAAAUGAAAUAGCUUAGCUACAAGAAGCCGUUGAGGCGGUUUCUCUGAAUUUCCCCAUCUGCCACAGGCCAUAUUUGUGGUCCGUACAGCUUCCAAAUCUCAUACAUAACUGUUCCCGAUUCACAUUUUUCUGGACCAAGGUGAAGCAAAUUCCUGGUUGUAGAAGAAGCCUUGUUGGUGGAGAGUGGAAGGACUGUGGCUGCAGGUGGGACUUUGUUGCUUGGAUUCCUCACAGCCUUGGCUCCUGAGAAAGGUGAGGAGGGCAGUCCAAGAGGGGCCGCUGACUUCUUUCACAAGUAUUAUCUGUUCCCCUGUCCUGUGAAUGGAAGCAAAAUGCUGGAUUGUCCUUGGAGGAAAGUUAAGAUGAAUACAUGGGUGUACCUCACUUUACAUAAGAAAUGUAUUCCUGAAAAGCUGCAUUUAAAUCAAGUCCCAAAUUCAUUGACUUAGGGGAGUUCAGUAUUUAAUGAAACCCUAUGGAGAAUUUAUCCCUUUACAAUGUGAAUAGUCAUCUCCUAAUUUGUUUCUUCUGUCUUUAUGUUUGUCUAUAACCUGGAUUUUUUAAAAGCAAAUUAAAAUUACAGAUGUGAAAAUAAAGCAGAAGCAACCUUUUUCCCUCUUCCCAGAAAACCAGUCUGUGUUUACAGACAGAAGAGAAGGAAGCCAUAGUGUCACUUCCACACAAUUAUUUAUUUCAUGUCUUUACUGGACCUGAAAUUUAAACUGCAAUGCCAGUCCUGCAGGAGUGCUGGCAUUACCCUCUGCAGAACAGUGAAAGAGUCUCGCACUGUCGCCCCGGCUGGACUGCAGUGGCGUGAUCUUGGCUCACUGCAACCUCCGCCUCCCAGGUUCAAGAGAUUCUCCUGCCUCAGCCUCCCGAGCAGCUGAGACUACAGGCGCCUGCCACCACACCUGGCCAAUUUUUUGUAUUUUUAGUAGAGACUGCGUUUCACCAUGUUGGGCAGGCUGGUCUUGAACUCCUGACCUUGUGAUCCGCCUGCCUCGGCCUCUCAGAGUGCUGGGAUAACAGGUGUGAGCCACCGUGCCCAGCCAUUGCAUUUUUAUUCACAUACACAUUGUUAAUGUGGAACAAUUUGUUAUCACUAAUCUCGUCAGAGAGCAAGAUAAAAUGUGGCAAUUGCUCAUUUUAUUUUGCAUAUAUUAAAUUGAGUAGAUUCAGCUCUAACGUACCUUAAGAAAAAUGCAUAUCGGUGCACUGUAUGUAUUUCAAAAUGCCUUUCCUAUGAUUGUCAUGUCCUCCUUUAAGGCUUUUCCCUCAAAUUUAUUACAAAUUUAGUAUUUUUAGUACUUGAUGACUCUAAUUACAUGAAUGCACCUGGAAUGACAUUUGUAACAGAAGACAGUCUGACUUGCUUUCAGUAUUCACAAGUUCUUUCCAGUUUCCAAGUCUUUUCCUAGCAGUAAUUUAGGGGAGACAGAGGAGUUUCAUGUAAAGAGCAUGCAGUUUGGAGUCAGACCUGGGUAUGUGACUCUGUGGCCUUGAUGAUGAAGCAAGUUACUUAAACUCUUGACUUUCAGCUUUCUCCUUUACAAUGCAUGAAUGCCUGUCCCCCUACAAAACAAAGAUUAAAUGUGAUGAUGUAUGCCAAGGUGCUUUGUAUAUUGUAAAGUGCUAUAUAAUUAUAAGAUGUUCUAAAUUUUCAAGGAUCUAAACCAGGGAUUGGCAAACGUUUUUCCAGAGAGUAAAUAUUUCACGCUUUGCAUAUAUAAUUUAUGGAGGUGUUGAGAGGAUAGAUUAGACACUUGAAGUACUCAGGAUAGUGCCUGGCAUGUAGGAAGCACCUGGAAAAUAUUCGCCGUGAUUACCAUCAGUCCAUUUUACCGAGAAGGAGCCAAGGUCCAGGCCCACUGAAGGACUUGUGUAAGAUUACAGUAGCAGUGGCAGAACCAGCCAUGCUUGUGCAAAUCACAACCCCUUUGAGCCUCUGUCACCUGAACUGCAAAAUGGGUGGGUUAGACAAAAUCAUCUCUUGGGACCUCCUAGUUCCACUUGCUAUCAUUCUACUAACUGGCACCCUAAGGUUGAAAGUGCUUAUCUGCUUUCCAAUGUGGCUUCCUUACAGUCUGGAACUGACAAUAUGCAGGAGCAGUAAACUGGCAGAAAACCAGGAAUCAGAAAAAAAUAUAAUUUAGCUUCAAAGAUGUAAAUUAUAUAUAUAGUAUAUUAUAUAUAUUUUUAAAGCUUUAUAUGCCUCAAAUAUCAGGGAAAGGAGCCAAGUCCUUGGUAUUUAGUUUGGUGAAUACUUGCAUUGAAUAUAUGUCAAGAUGUCAAGUCAUUUUUGAAUGUGUCUCAGGGAUUUCUAUGCUACACAUUCUUUUAACAAAUCAAGUAUUUAUGUACACAUGUUGAGAUUUUUUGACAAAAUGAUUAAAAUAAUG